AAUAGUAAUAUGUAUUGUAAAUACGAACGUAACAUUAUACUUUGAGGCCGUUAUUGUGUUUAGAUACCGGUAAUUGAUUUUAUGAACUCAUCACUGAAGGCGGAGACACUACGAAUGACGAAUAAAGUUCAUCAGCAACGGGUUUAAACAAGAUGGAACCGGUUCUUUCAAAGUUAAUGUCUGGUAUGCACAUAACAAGAAACUGUUGGUACAUUUACAAAGAAAGAUGUAAUAAUUUCGCGCAUAACACCCAGCACAUACGGUCAUCUAGUCAAUACUGGCAGCGUUGCGUAACUUACAGCGAGCGGAUACGACGGAGAUAAGCAGACUGAGGUAGCAGUGCCUGUAAUAAGUUGUCGCCAGUGGUAGUUGACGGGGGGAUACGUAAUUCAUCUUACGCCACCACGUGGUCGAGACAGUGUUACAGAGGCAGAAAGGUCUGGUAUAUAGAGCAAUCCAAAUGGAAGAACUAAGCUUUAUCGCGUUCGAGUAGCAUCAGGGUCGCGGCUGGCCGAUCUUACGUUCAUUUGUGCCGUGUGUGUGCAUGAGUUAACAGUGCCAUGCGCAAAGUGGCCAGAGAGAGGAAUGGGACGAACCUGGGAGCCCACAUACCAUUACCAACCGACGAAGAAGAUAUACGACUACCAAAGAAAGCAUGUUUUGGUACACGGCAUUUUGUUACUUUCAUGCUGUUCCUUGGGAUGGCAAAUGCCUACAUAAUGCGUACCAACAUGUCAGUGGCGAUCGUUGCCAUGGUGAACCAUACAGCCUUGCCCAGAGAUGACACUGUUUUAGACGAUGAAUGUGAUUCUGACAACAGCUCAAACAGUUGGGUAGCUGAAAUGAGUAAACAUAGUUCAGAGAAAUCGUCAGAUACAGGCACAUUCGUGUGGGACGCAAAACUGCAAGGUUAUAUCCUUAGCAGCUUCUUCUACGGUUAUGUCCUAACACAGAUACCAUUUGGAAUCAUGGCAAAGAAAUAUGGAGCCAAAUACUUCUUGGGUGUUGGAAUGCUUAUCAACUCAUUGUUUGGUCUCCUAGUUCCUGUUGGAGCUAAUGGUGGCAUUGCCUGGCUUAUUGUUGUGAGGUUCAUUCAGGGGCUCGGUGAGGGGCCGAUUGUACCGUGCACUCAUGCUAUGCUGGCUAAAUGGAUCCCCCCAAAUGAGAGAAGUCGUAUGGGAGCUUUUGUGUAUGCAGGUGCACAGUUUGGAACUGUGAUAUCAUAUCCUCUGAGUGGUUUGCUGGCAGAGUAUGGUUUUGCAGAUGGCUGGCCUUCCAUUUUCUAUGUAUUUGGUAUCGUUGGAGCAGUGUGGUCAGUAGCAUUCCUUUUCAUGGUUGCUGAAGAUCCUGAUUCUUCAAACACAAUUCCUGAAGAUGAAAAGAAAUAUAUUACUAAUUCACUCUGGGGCACUGCGGGUGUUUCUUCACCGAAGGUUCCUUGGGUGUCUAUUGCUAAGUCAUUGCCAUUCUGGGCAAUUCUAAUGGCACACAUGGGACAAAACUAUGGUUAUGAAACUCUCAUGACAGAGUUACCAUCAUUCAUGAAGCAAGUGCUACAUUUCAACCUGAAAGAUAAUGGUCUUCUGUCAGCACUUCCGUACCUGGCCAUGUGGCUGUUUUCCAUGUUUAUAAGUCAUGUAGCCGACUGGAUGAUCUCAAGUCAUAGGUUCACCCACACUGUCACAAGAAAAGUUAUAAACAGCCUUGGUCAGUUUGGGCCAGCAGUGGCGCUGAUUGCAGCUUCAUACACAGGCUGCAAUCCUCCUCUGACCGUUGCACUGCUCACAAUUGGUGUUGGUCUAAAUGGUGGCAUCUACUCAGGAUUCAAAGUGAACCAUCUGGACAUCUCACCACGCUUUGCUGGAAUCCUCAUGAGUUUCACCAACUGCCUUGCCAACUUUGCCGGUCUCCUUGCCCCCAUGGCUGCGGGCUACAUUACAGAUAAACGGCCCACACAGGCAGCAUGGAGAGCAGUAUUCCUCAUCGCAUCAGGCGUCUACAUUGUCUGCGCUGGGUUCUACUUGUUAUGUAGCUCGGGUGUGAGACAGGCAUGGGACAAUCCAGAUAACGACGAGGUACAAACAAAUGGCAAGAGCAAAUGUGAUGUGGAAAAGGAUGGUAUGAUGCUGCAAACCACAAACUACUGACCUUAGUAAAGAUAUACAAUGCAGUGGUGCAGCUCCGGGCUGUAUUGUGGACACUGUUUCAAAACAAGUAAUAGUGAUACUGUAUGACAAGUAUUGUAACUGUAACAUUAUUUCUUGAUUUGUUCCUUUCUUCAAAACUUGGAAAUUUAUUGAGGCUACUUGUUACUGAUUUCAAAACAAAGCAUAAUCUCUGUAUACAGUUUUUAGCACUCUGACGUACAGGAUGGUUACCACAAUUCACAUUCUUCUAUUCAUCAUUGUUCUUUAAUGUCAUUAUAAGUGUUAAUCCAUUUUAUAUUAUUUUAUAACCAUUAUUUCAUUGAAGUAGUAAUCUCAGUGAUUUAUUCUCCGAGUAGCAAUUGACUUUAUGUGUAUAAUUUUUCACAUCUUAAUUUAAGUAAAAAACAAAAUGUAAAAAAAAAAAAUUGCCGCCUGGUAUUUUUUGAAAAUCAACAUCUUUUAUCAUACUUGUUGUGCAUUUAAAUCUUAAUACUUUUCUUGAAAUUGUAACAAGUAUACUUUUAAAAAAAUUCACCGGUGUCAUCGUUUCUCAAUACUUCUUAUGUGUGCCUAAUAAAAUGUGGUUCAUUAUUUAGUGGUACCACAUUGUGAAAUUUCACAGACCAAACGCCAUUGGUUGAGUGGUCAACACUCUUGCUUCAUAUUUUGGGGGUCCAGAGUUCAAAUCGUGGUCUGGGGAAUUGACUGAGUUUUGUCAUGGUUUUCCUCAGUCCCUCCAGACAAAUUCCAGGUUAGUGCCUUAAAUUAGGCUUUCUUCCACAUCCUUUCCAAUUCAUUAUUCACCAUCAUCCUCUAAUUUGACACUCUAUAGUCUGAAAUACUGAAAGUCUGUUAAAUAAAGUAUAAAAAGCACGAGGUAUGAAGGUGACUGUCUUCUGUGAUGUGCCACGCAAUAGAAAUUGACUGAUGCUUCAGAGUUGCUUUACUGCUUCUAUCAUGAGGGCAGUGAGUGAUCUCAUCACUGUGAUGAUGGAGGAUGUAAGGAUCUUUAAAACAUGUCAGUUUCUGUGAGACAACACAACAUAACUUAACAUCCCAGAAGUCAGUCAUUUUCUUACCAUAUUAUUAUAAGUUACGUGUGUAUGUAUUCAUACAUGCUUAAACUGCGCAUUGUUAUUACCAUUCAUAUUUCAUUCCUUUCAUGUACAGGUAAACCUCGAUUUACGCCGGGGAUACGUUCCUGGACGAACCGGCGUAAAUUCAAACUUUUUUUAUAAUGUAAAUCAGUGGGAAGUCAAUGACAUGCGUUCCUGGCACCCAAACAUUUAAGUUCUUCAAAAAUUGACUUCGCCUUAUCCGUGAUAGCAAUUUGAGUCAAGGGAAUGUUUUUUCGAUUCAUGUCAUCCACCCAUAGCAACAGUAAUUUCUCCA